ACGCUUAUAUUAAUUUUUGUUUUUCUGUUCCAGAUUUCUGUAAAAAGACCAGAGACCCGUCGAGCUGUCCAGUAUGCGGCAUGACCAUAGCACUCGGCGAUCUAGAAACCCAUUUCAUGCACGAAUUGGAAAGACUGUACAAACUGAGCGGUACUGGGAUCAGUGCGACCAGAAAGCGGCCCAGAUCUGAACCUAAUCGACCCCCGGCCUUGCCUGGGGAUAGUGGCCCGGAAGGAAGGUGGGAGACAUUCCAAAGGAUAAGAACAAAUCGACAGGGUAGGCUCAGGAUAAAAAUUCGAAAACGGAGGAGUGACGAGAUGUGUCCGAUUUGCUCUGGACAUCCUCACAGGACUCAAGAAGAAAUCAAUAUGCAUGUCGAGAGGUGUGUUAGGAAAAAUUCGACAAUGACGGACGAAGACGAGACGGUAGACGUGGAAGGCGAUAGCGAACUGGAAGAAUGGCACGAAAAUCAAAGACGAAGAAUGAACAGUCUGAUAGAAGGCAUGACGAACGCCGUCGCCCAGGCGCCAAGCAGUACCAGAUUGACGACCACUGAAGGCGCGGAAGACGUGGAGAACGAUGGAGAUGACGUCAUUGUCGACGGGGACGAACCUGAGGUGGCGACUGUGAACUCGAGCAUGGACGUCGAAGUGAAAGUAGAAAGUGGAGACAGCAAAAAGACGUCUUCGAGCGCCAACAGCAAUCAGCAACAGCAGUGCGACAGCAACGUCAGCACCUCGGAUGCUGAACCGAGCACGAGAGCUCAGAUGAUCGAAGAGUUGAAGAAUAGGAUCAAACAGCUCGAAGCUGAAGGAGGAGGGGCGACUGAUACUACAACGACCACAACUACGACCAGUGACUCCAGUGAGGACUACAAGUGUUUGAUUUGUCUGGAACACUAUAAAAAACCAGUGAUAUCUACAGUCUGCUGGCAUGUUCACUGCGAGGAAUGCUGGCUUCACACUCUGGGUAGCAAAAAAAUGUGUCCUCAAUGCAGUAUGAUCAUAUCGCCUUCAGAUCUGCGACGUAUAUUUAUGUAAAAAGUGAUUCACCGUUUUCCUUGUUGUUAUUAUGUUACUAAUAUACUAUAUCGUAAACUCUAAUCGUAUGGUAAGCGGAAAAAGUAUGUAAAAAAUCAUUUCGCACAAGCAUACAUCUCAUAAAAUGCACCAGGAACAUAGAUGUCCGUAAUAAGUCAUUCAGAAAUGAUGUCUAUAGAAUCUUAUAGUUGCAAUGUAAGAUUUGCCAUUUUUCGUUAAUGUAACAUGUGAAACUUAUCCUUUGCGUAACGAUAUUUCUCUAGCCAAUCAGAACCAUAUGUCAAAGUCAUUGUCAUUUUUUCAACACAUGUGAAUCGAUUGGUCAGAGAAAUAUGGCGGAUCAUCAUUUUUGUUUGCCGAAAUAUUCUCGCUUAAUCUAUCCCGGGUUGUCCGGGGCAUUGUAUAUCAAAAAUCUUCAAAUAUACAAGGUGAUUCACAAGUCGUGACCAAAAGUAAAACAUCAUAAUCAGGACCGCAUUUUAAGGGGGGACUUCUAUGUAACAUUUUUUCCUCGAGAAAAAUAAAAAAUAAUUUUUUUUAGUAUCUUCAAAACCCUCAACUGGAAUGAACCAAAAUUUGGUAAAUUCCACGGUUUUUGACAUCGACCCCCACUAUACUAAAAACAUUAUCGACUUGUUUCUAUUCGGACAAAAUGUCAAUAUUCAUGAUCAGUUAUCGAGCAUGGCCAACUUUCAGUUGAAUGUUGAAAAAAGAUCGAAAUCACAGAUAAUUAAGCUACAGACAAGGCUUUAUCCAAUUUUUGUUACAAAAUUAUCGUAUUGCACUUCAUGUGACCCUAUAAACGGCGUGUCCUUUUUAGUAGUUCAUUCUCUGUGGUUUAGAUUUUUAAGUCAGUGUCAGUGAUAAUAUCAGGACGAUCGGCGACGCCACUUUUCCAUUUGUCGAUAUGGCACGAUAGAUACGAGGACUGUUUCAAAAAUAAGGUUUCCACAUUUUUUUCAGGCGCAAGGAAUUUUAUAUUUGAAAUAACAGAUUCACCAUUCGAAACGGUGACCUUUAAGCUAUUUUUUCCAUAUUCGCCAAUUUUUCCACGUAGUUCAGAGAUAUACUAACCUAAAGGUGCAAUAAUAGCGAUCUUUGCGUAUAUUUAAGGUUAUGCAGCAUGGCGAAUUAUCUUUUUUAAAUCAUAGACAUCUCAAAAUACAAAGCUUGUCCUUUCAAAUGCUAUUGAGUUUACUUAAAUACCUCGUUCAAUCGCUGGAGAUGUCACUUUAAAAUUUUUAGUUUUUGAAAACUUUAAAGUAUGAUAUCUCAGCGAAAGAUAAAGAUAUUUAAUCAAACUCAAUGACAUUUGAAAGGGUAAGGCUUUUCCUUUAAGAUGAUGUGUAUGGUUUAUAUGAACAAAAAAUCACCAUGCUACAUAACCCCAAUUAUGGCUCGUCAGAAAAAUGAAAACUUUAAAGUGUGAUAUCUCAGCG